GCUCGCUCGGAGCGGGGCGGGCGGAGCCGCUGCCGGUGCCGGCCCCGUGGCGGAGCCGGGGUCCCUCCAUGCCGCCAUGGCCCCCCGCGCCCCCCGCGCCCCCCGCGCCCUGGCCCUGCUGCUGGCGAUCGGCGCCCUCGCAUCCGCGUGGCCCCCCCAAAACUCCAGCGCUGGCGAGGGGAGAGCCUGGGAGGGCUCGCUGGAGAGCAGCCCCCCGAAAUGGGACCUGGCGAGCGGAGACCCCCCGGGGGGACCCAGCAACAGCACCAGCGCCGGGGGGGCCGCGGCGGGACCCCAGCUAGAGCCCCCCGGGGGGGGCACGGCCACCACGGAGCCCUCGGCCGUGCCCGAGGCGUGCCCGGGGUGCGCCGGGGAGGGCGAGGCCAGCGCCGUGCCCCCCCGAGCCGUCACCUGGCCCGGGGACGGGGGCACGGUGCCGGUGGCGCUCGGAGCCCCGAGGAGCCGGGCAGCGGUGACCGCCCCACGCCGGGCUCCCCGCCCGCCCCGGGGGGCUUCGGGGGGCUCCCGGCCGCGCUGCCGAGCCCCCGGGCCCCAGCUCGCCACCGACUCCGCCGAAUCCGACCUGCUGCCGGCUGCCGGGGGCUCGGCCGCGCCGCGCACCCCCCGUGCUGGGCGAGCCCGGCCCCGCGGCCGCCGCCGGGGGACUCGGGGGUGCCCCGGGCUCUGGGCCGCCGCCUCCAGCCCGGCCCCGGCGCAGGGGGCCCGCGGCUGGACCGACCUGACGUGGCUGCAGGAGCCCGUCACGGCAGCCACGGGCCCGCCCAAGCCCCCGGCCGACCGCACGGGCUCCGACAUCAUCGACGUCGAUUACUACGACCUGUUCGAGGGGGGCGAGGGACUGGGGGGCUUCCCCGGGGCCGGCCGGGGCGCGGCGGGCUCGGCGCGGCGGCGGGAGCCCGAGGGGGCGGCCACGCCCUGGGCCCUGCAUGAGCUCUACGACGACUUCACGCCCUUCGACGACGCCGAUUUCUACCCCACCACCUCCUUCUACGCCGACGGGGACGACGAGGACGAGCUGGAGGACGAGGAGGAAGAGGAGGAGGAGGAAGACGGCGGGCUGGAGGACGAGAACGGCUACAGACCGCCCGCCUCGGCCGUGCCCGGCGCCGCGCCCGCCCCGCAGGAGCCGCGGCCCACCGGGCACCGCGCCGCGGCCCCGCCGCCGCCGCCCGGGCUGGCCGGGGGCAGCCCCACGGCCUGGCCGCGGCCCGGGGAGCGGGGCCCGCCCGACAACGGCUCCGAGUGCCGGAGCGGCUACGUGCGGCACAACAGCUCCUGCCGCUCCCUCUGCGACCUCGUCCCCAGCUACUGCCACAACGGCGGCCAGUGCUACCUGGUGGAGAGCCACGGGGCCUUCUGCCGGUGCAACACGCAGGACUACACGUGGCACAAGGGCACGCGCUGCGAGUCCAUCGUCACCGACUUCCAGGUGAUGUGCGUGGCCGUGGGCUCGGCCGCGCUCGUGGUGCUGCUGCUCUUCAUGCUCACCGUGUUCUUCGCCAAGAAGCUCUACCUGCUCAAGACGGAGAACAGCAAACUGCGCAAGACCAAAUACCGCACCCCGUCCGAGCUGCACAACGACAACUUCUCCCUGUCCACCAUCGCCGAGGGCUCCCACCCAAACAGAGAAGCGAAGGGCUUUGCGGAGCCGGAGGAGGAGCGAGGCUCCGGGGCCGGCUCCCUCCCCGCUGCCGAGAGGAUGCGCCUCGGGAUGAGCUCGGUGCCGCUCCCCGGCACAUCCCCCGUCCCUCCGGAGCUGGAGGGCUCGGCACACGGUGCCUGGGACGCAGCAGCACUGCGAGGAUGAGGAGGGGUCAGCAGGGACGAUCCCAGCGCUCCCCACAAGCUGCAGGACUCGCUGAAAUCCUGCCUGAAGGACGAGGAGCCCUUCAACAUCCACAACUCGACGUCGCCCAAGCACGACGGCGGCAAAGGGGAGC